AUGGGAAAAACCUGUUUUGUGAAAAGUUGUCCAAGUGGACGUAAACUAAAAACUUCAAAACAUGGUUCGCCUCAACUUCUGUCUUUUUUCCGACCUACUACAACAGCAAGAUUAGACAAGUGGCAAAGGUGUUUGGGUAUUAAAUUAAAAGCCACUGAUAAUAUUUGCCAUCUUCAUUUUAAAGAAGAAGAUAUAAAAUUGUACGACAAGUUUAUGAUUGACGGAGAGCUCAAGAUUUUUCCAGCAGUGAAAAAAAUGCUAAAAAAUGAAGCUUUGCCAACAAUCGAGCAUCAAUUUAUUCCAAUACCAGCAUAUGAGCUCCAAGCAAGUAUUAUUGAACCACAAAAAUCAACUUCAUGCCACAAUCACAGUGGAGACGACCAGCAGGAUAGUAUGCAAAACAGCAGCAUUGAGCAACAUGAAUUAUUAGAUGAUCUGUAUAAUCCUAAUAAUGCUACAAAUUACAAUGAACAAAUGGAACAGGACUUGGAAGAAUCUCUGUUGAGUCAGCAGUCCAAUGAUGAUUUAAAUAAUAACGUAGCAAAAGAAACAACUAUACAACCAAUAGAGAGUUUUAGAGAUAUCCUGAAAUGUCCAAUGGUACCAUCUUUUUGGAUGCAUGUAGAGAAACCAGACGGACUAGAAUUUCUGCGAAUGGAUCCAUCAACCAAGGAAACAAAAAAUUAUAUACGUCUAAAUGAGGAUUUAUCAGUUACUAUUAUUUUUUCUAAUGAUGAAGAACUGCCGCUUUAUGUAAAAAUUAAUUCUUUCAAAAAUCUUUGUGAGUUCUUAAAAUCUGUAGAAAGAUCGCCAUUAUGCAUUGGUACUCAAAUAGACAGUAAUAAGUAA